AUGAUGAAAAUCUUGGUUAUCCUCUCCGCCCUGAUUGCCAUUGCGGCUUCAAAACCUUCGGCGGCGUACUUCGCAGCUGCACCAGCCCCAAUAGUCACCGCUACCAGCUCGCAGUAUUACCACCGAUUCAACAACGGCUUGGCUGCAUACGUUGCUGCCCCAGCAACCUAUAUAGCUGGCGCCGCUCCCUACUACGCCGCCGCUGCGUAUGUUACUGCUGCUACUCCUUACGUAGCUGCUUCUGCCCCUAUAGUUGCCGUAUAA